UAAAAUUGUUAGCUUGGUCAGAGAGUGAAAUCAAUAGCACCUAUUUUAGACCUGCUUGGAAGAAUAUAACUCAAUACAGUGUCUUAGUCUUGUGAGAGGUUUUGCAGACUACCACUCCAACAUUAGAAGGAUGGAUUUAACCGCCACCAUGUCGAGCAAAAGGGCAAAGACCAAGACCACCAAGAAGCGCCCCCAGCGCGCAACAUCCAAUGUGUUUGCAAUGUUUGACCAGUCACAGAUUCAGGAGUUUAAAGAGGCCUUCAACAUGAUUGAUCAGAACAGAGACGGUUUCAUUGACAAGGAAGAUCUGCAUGAUAUGCUUGCCUCCCUGGGGAAAAAUCCAACCGAUGAGUAUCUAGAUGCCAUGAUGAAUGAGGCUCCAGGUCCCAUAAAUUUUACCAUGUUUCUCACGAUGUUUGGUGAGAAGUUAAAUGGCACAGAUCCAGAAGAUGUCAUCAGAAAUGCCUUUGCUUGCUUUGAUGAAGAAGCCACUGGUACCAUCCAGGAAGAUUAUCUGAGAGAACUGCUUACCACAAUGGGAGAUCGAUUUACAGAUGAGGAAGUGGAUGAGCUGUAUAGAGAAGCACCUAUUGACAAAAAGGGAAAUUUUAAUUACAUUGAGUUCACACGCAUCCUCAAACAUGGAGCGAAAGACAAAGAUGACUGAAAAGAACUUCACUUUCCAGCCAAAAGCUCCUUAUUGCCAAUUUGGGUAUUUCUGAGAUUUUCUCUUAGAGCCUAUUGCAUGUUCUUAGCUUUUGCCUUUUCUUAUUGUAUUUAUUCUCAGCCAUUUUGGGCACAUGCAUCUCUAUAAUCAGACUGGAAACGGGACUUACUGUCAUUUACAGAAUAGAAAAUAGGGUAAUUUAACUUACCAUCUCCUCUCCCCCAAAAUAACUGCACACAAAAUCUGUACACAGAGUCAAUAUAUUUUUUCAGAGAAGGUUAUUCACCCAAUUUUUUCUGAAUCAUAAUUAAACUUUAUGAUAAAAACUU